UCUCUCUCUCUCUCCUGCUUGUGCUUGCUUGUCUGAGAGUUCAUCUUUGUCCACUCCCCACAAGCAUUGGUCUUUUUGAUUCAUUCUUUAUCCCGGUUUAAAAUGGCCAGCCGUUAGGCUUGGGUGGAAAGCCAGAGAGGGAGCUAGAGAGACAUAUAUUAUAUACAUAGAUAUGGAGAGUGACAGGAAGGUUUUAAGAACUCUGUUUGGAGCUCUUCUGCUUCUGUGUGUCUUUUGGUUUUUCCUUGCUGGAAUUCUAGUAAACCGCGGUACCGAAAAAUCGACUGUUACAGUUUCAUCCACCAAAAUGUUCAAGCAUUGGAAGUUAAUUGGAAGAGAGAAGCAUGCUGUUGUUCGGGACGACUCCUUUAUUUACGUGAGCAAGAGAAGAGUGCCAAAUGGACCUGAUCCCAUUCAUAACAGGAGAGCAGUGAAGACUAGACAACCACCUGCCCGAGCGUAGCCGGCGUGAAGGGAAUUUUGAAGCAUCAGAAGUGGAGCUGGGUGCAUGUACAAUAAGUUAUAUAUAUCUGCAUUCUGCAAUUUGUGCAGUCAUUUAUCAAUUUCUCCGCUUUUAGGAAUUAGGAUUUGUGGAGUAUUAGUUAUUGAAAUUUUUGGAGAGAAGGUAGGUUUAAGGCUUUAAGCUCACUAGUUUGAUUUGAUGUCCAAGUUAUGAGCAUGGUGUGCUAUGAUGGAAUUGCAGCCUCACUGUAAAGUUUUUUAUGCGCAUGGAUAGAAGAACCCAAAACUUAUCUCAAACAAAA